GUGUGUGUGUUUCCAGGUGUGCAGCAGCAGACAGACGAGGUGUUGACAUUCUACUCCACGGUGACAGAGGCCAGAGCCAACAUGGACGCCAUGACAUACAUCAUACAGGAGAGUGUGAAACACCUCCUACAGGUGACAGUCUGUCUGGACUUUAUCAGGAAGCCAUCUGGACUCAGGUGUGUCUAUGCAGGGGUGGGCGGAGCUUCAGCUGCUUCAGUGCUCAGGUGACUCACUGUUGGAGCUACACAGCAGGCCUGCAAAUGCAUCACAGAGGAGGGCCUGGAGCUGCUCAGGUUAACACAGGUAACACUGAGCACACUUCUGAGAGGCGGGGAGGAGGGACAGGUGUUCAUGUGGCUCUACUACCUGUCCUCAGGUGAACAGGAGUCUGUACGGAGCUGAUGACUCCUCUGAGUCCUGGAUCAGAUAUCUGAACCACGUCGAUGACAAAGUCCAGGAUGGACUCCUGCAGCUGCUGCUCAGAGCGCUGCACCUGCUGUCCGACAACACUUCCCCACAGGGCUGUGGUGUGCUGUUGUCGGUCCGUCUGCUGCUGCAGGAUGCUGGUUGUGUGUUUGAGCCAUCAGUGGGCGGCGGCCUGUCAGAUCAGCUGACGUCCAUCAUCAGUGACAUUUACUCAGCAGCCAGUCUGCCUCACAGGAUCUCUGUGAGUCGCCACAGCAACUACCAGGUGUCUCUGCAGCAGCAUCCAGAGCUGUGUGCGUUGGAGCAGCAGGUGAUGUGUUACCUGCAGCAGGUGAAGGAGGAGGCGGAGCUUCUAAGAGCGGGGCUGGACAGGUACUCUCACCUGUGGCAGAGCGACAGCAAGUCGGUGCUGGAGGAGUUCCUGACCUACGGCAGACAGCUGGGACCUGAGGAGCUGGAGGCAGACGAGACCCCACCCACCCUGCAGGACUUCCAGAGAGAGAUCGAGUCACUGGACAGAGUCAGUGCAGAGGUGACUCACCUGGAUGAGGUCAUGGUUGUGCGGGGCUGGCUGCAGGUGGACCUGCGGCCAAUCAGAGACUCCUUGCUGUCCAUCAUUCACCACCGGAAACACCUGUACACAGACUACCUGCUGGAGUCAGUCAGGGACAGUCAGCAGCAGGCGACUCGGCCAGGAGACAAUGAAGAUGAAGAUGAUGAAGAGUCGUACUCUUCGUCUGGCUUCCCUCUGACAGAAAUUGUCCUGCUGCUGGAAGCUGCUGCUGUCCAGCUGCCUGAACACCUGGCUGCACAGGUACUGACAUCACUCUGACAUCACAAAUGUCAUGCUCUUGUUUUCAUAAAAUCAGCGAAUUAAUUGGUUACCUGGAACAGAACCUGCCGUUAACAUGGUGACUAACCUCCACUAACAUGCACUGAUCCUGGACCAGGUGCCUUGAUCCUAUUGAUCCUGGACCAGGUGCAUUGAUCCUAUUGAUCCUGGACCAGGUGCCUUGAUCCUAUUGAUCCUGGACCAGGUGCAUUGAUCCUAUUGA